AUGCUCGAUGCAGCUGGAUUCGAGCAAAUGGUAGUAAGCCCUACGUACAGAAAAGACCACACCCUUGACCUAGUUGUUGUGUGGGACGACUUGUCAGUGCGCGGACGUCCUGAAAUCAUUGCAUUCCCUAACUCUGUAUCUGACCAUAGUGCCAUUAUUUGUGAUGUUGACAUGCCAAAGCCAUGUGCCUCCAAGAAAAUACUGUAUCGGCGUCCGUUACGGAAAAUUAACUUGGACUCUUGGUGCAAUGACAUCAGGGAUUCCGCCAUCUACAGUUCUGCUUCGAGUGAUGACUCUGACUGCAACGUCUUAUGUGACCAAACAGGUGACUUUAAUUUUCACAUUGAUGACCCUGGUGACGCUGAUGCUGUCAGACUGUUGGGUAUGCUCGAUGCAGCUGGAUUCGAGCAAAUGGUAGUAAGCCCUACGUACAGAAAAGACCACACCCUUGACCUAGUUGUUGUGUGGGACGGCGACUUGUCAGUGCGCGGACGUCCUGAAAUCAUUGCAUUCCCUAACUCUGUAUCUGACCAUAGUGCCAUUAUUUGUGAUGUUGACAUGCCAAAGCCAUGUGCCUCCAAGAAAAUACUGCUUCGGCGUCCGUUACGGAAAAUUAACUUGGACUCUUGGUGCAAUGACAUCAGGGAUUCCGCCAUCUACAGUUCUGCUUCGAGUGAUGACUCUGACUGCAACGUCUUAUGUGACCAGUAUAACACUGUGCUGCACCACUUCAUCGAUAAACAUGCUCCUGUUCGCACUUUUUCAGUUACACUGCGGCCCUAUUCACCUUGGUAUGAUGAUAGUCUUAGGUUAUUGAAAAGACAGAAACGCAAAGUAGAACGGAGAUACGUUUCAUCGAGAUUAGAAAUCCACCGCCAGAUGUACGUAGAGAAGUGUAGAGCUUACAGCACUGCACUGAAUGUAGCUAAGCGGAACUUCUCCAAGGAUCAAAUAUCUUGUUCCAAUCAAACGCAGUUAUUUCGUUUAAUUGAUGGCCUUUUCAGGGUGAAGCCGGUUCCGUUGCUACCAUCAUAUGAAUCACCUCAAGCUCUUGCAGAAGAUUUCAUCUUAUUUUUCACUACCAAGAUUCAGCAUCUAAAGGACAACCUACGCUCAUCGCCCCUGUUAACGAUGGAGAUGUCAGUGAUGCCAGCUCAGCCACAAUGUGUGGCGUCAUUCCCUGAGUUCUCUGCUGUAUCAGUGAGUUAUAUACGUGAACUUUUACACCAAUCCAAGCCUAAAUCGUGCAUAUUAGAUCCUGUGCCGACAAGUAUACUAAAACAAUCUAUUGACGCUAUUGCCCCGGCCAUCACUUCCAUUGUCAAUGCAUCUUUGUCAUCUGGUGUUUUCCCUACCUCUCUCGAUUGUGGAGUGAUCAACCCUUCCAUCAAGAAGCAGAGUCUUGACCGCGAGGCAUAUCCAAGCUACCGACCGAUUACAAACGUUGCCUUCCCACCAAAAACACUUGAACGUGUCGCUGCUAACCAGACGAUGAACUAUCUCAUCCCCAACGACUUAAUGCUUAUCGCCCCUUCCACAGCACAGAGACUGCUCUUCUUCGCGUCUUUAAUGACAUUCUGA